CGCUGGUGCGUGACUGGAAAGGUGCAGCGCGCGGUGUCAAGCCUAGUUCGACGCUGCGCGGACACGCGAGCCACAGGAGCGCGUUUGGCGAGGCGCGCCGAGUACGCGCUCGCGAUUCAGCCUGCAGCAUGUUCUGAAGACUCUGGGACAAGAGCACUGACAUUUCAUUUGCUCGUUUGGACCUAUUUUUUCCAACCCAAUCUUAAAACAACAAAAACUUUUUCGCUUCUUUGCUGAAAUGCUUUUACCUCUGAUUAUUUACUGAUCAUGGAUCCUCUAUACAUCACUUCGCAAAACUCAAGCAGCAACGGGACCAGCGGUUCACUGGUCAAUGACACGGACACGUUCUCGAACCAGUUCGUUCAGCCGGUGUGGCAGAUAGUUCUGUGGGCCAUCGCGUACUGCUGUAUAGUUCUGGUGUCAGUUGUUGGAAACAUCACUGUCAUCUGGAUCAUUUUAGCGCAUAAGCGCAUGAGAACUGUGACCAACUAUUUUCUAGUCAAUCUUGCGUUCGCAGAGGCUUCCAUGUCGGCUUUCAAUACCGUUAUUAACUUUGUGUAUGCAGUGCACAACGAGUGGUACUUCGGACUUGUUUACUGCAGAUUUCACAACUUCUUUCCAAUAGCAGCUGUCUUCGCUAGUAUUUACUCUAUGACAGCAAUAGCCCUGGACAGGUACAUGGCUAUCAUCCACCCACUCCAGCAGCGCCUGUCGUCCGCUGAGACCAAGCUGGUGAUGGGGGUGAUCUGGGCCCUUGCGCUGCUCCUGGCUUUCCCCCAGUACUAUUUUUCCAGCACCGCUCAGCUGCCAGGACGUGUUGUGUGCUACAUCAACUGGCCAGAGUACAGCGUGUGGGAUUUUCAAAAGACGUAUUACGUCUGUGUGGUUGCGCUUAUCUACUUUCUGCCUUUGCUCAUCAUGGGUUGUGCUUACCUGGUAGUGGGAUGUACUCUCUGGGCUAGUGAGAUUCCUGGAGACUCUUCAGACCGCUAUCGAGAGCAGCUAACCGCCAAACGGAAGGUGGUGAAGAUGAUGAUUGUCGUUGUGUGCACCUUCGCCAUCUGCUGGCUGCCCUACCAUGUCUACUUCCUGCUGCACCAGUUCCUUCCCCACUUGUUUGAGGAACGGUACAUCCAGCAGGUGUACUUAGGAAUCAUGUGGCUUGCCAUGAGCUCCACCAUGUACAAUCCCAUCAUCUACUGUCUUCUCAAUGACAGGUUUCGAGCUGGAUUCCAGCAGGCAUUCUCCUGGUGUCCUUGUGUCCCUCAAGGCUCAUAUGAAGGUCUGGAGCUCAAGUCAACUCGCUAUCUUCAGACGCAGGCCAGCAUUUACCGCGCCAGCCGAAUGGAGACCACAGUAUCCACAGUGAUGCCGGUAAUCGAGGGGGACCUUCAGGAGAAUACAAAUCGAUGUUCCGUAGAUCUCACAUCUAAUGGUUCUUCACAAAGCGCGUCCAAGACUGUAUCAGAGUCAUCCAGCUUCUAUUCUAGCAACAAUUUAGCUUAAAAAAGGAAUGUAGGGAAUACUUUCAGUGUUAAAAUAGCAAUCUUCUAAGGAGAAGGGCAAAUGAUACAUGUUCCAGAGAAGGUCGUAACGUGAGAUGCAACAAACCAAAACAGGUUUUUAGGUUUUCUUGGGGAUGAAAGGCUAAUAUGUUAAAACUUCAUAGUAUAUUGGUCAACGUAACAUCUAAAGUCUUUGUGUUUACUCGAGGAAAAAUCAUCCCUUUAAGUGUUCAACCCAAUCAGCAUUUGCUCCAGGACCCAUGGGUUUGUUUAGGAAAACUUGACCAGCUGAUCCCCUUGGCAACGAUCUGUCUGUCGUCACUGCUGGUUGUUAAUGGUACGAUAGCCAAUGUGACGACGUGGAAGGAUCUGCACCUGUUGUUGCAUAUUACUGGACUACGAAGACGACAAUGUAAAGGAUUUGUCUGGAAGGCAGAGGGUCAUGAUAAAUAUAGCGCAGCGAGAGACUUUGAACUAACAUAGCUACUUCCAUUUAUAUCGCCAUAAUUCUCUGUUAAAUCCGGAGUUUAUUAUUAGCAUGCUGUUGAGUAUCAGUUGCAGCUAUACUGCCUUUACAAAGAAGACCAUGUUAAAUACAUUUUAAUGUGGUUAUAUUUAUUUUUAUAUUUUAAGUCUAUCAUUUUUUUGUAUCUUUCAAUAACAGUGUUAUUUAUGUAAAUGAAAACCUAGCUUUUGUUUUGUGGCCACCGAUUGUUUUAUCUUAUAUAUGUAUAAAAAGACAUUCAGACAUAGAUAUUCAUAGAGGUUGUGUAUUGUACAUACAAGGGCAUAAUGUCAAUUUUGAUAUGUCUAGCGAUACAGCUUGUACAGAAAUUCCUGCGACAACUACAGAUCGUUUUCAGCAUUAUCAAAAUCUAGAUUCCAGUAAGUUCUAGUUCUAUGUGAGGUCCAUUUGCUUGCAUAGUGGUUGUUGUACAUCGGUGUAUAAUAUCAUGAUGUUGUUUGGCGUGGCUUGUGCUUGCUUUACAUGCCUUUUCAGCCCAAAUUGUAGAGGCUCUUGCUUUGUUGGGCAGGUGUGGGAGCUGCUUUGAUGCUUGCAGAGGAACAAAAGAGCAGCGAUGUUGCACCUUUUGAACUGCUGUGCAGCUGCAUGCACUAGCAUCUCCACUAUCGUGAUAUCUCAGCCCUCUUAAUGGACACAUGUUAAAACUGACAGAAACACAGUACUCGUUAGACUUGCUUUUACAUAAUGCGACAAAUCACCAGCUGCAUGUUCUCUUUUUUUUUAUCCUAUUUGAUUUGUGUUGCAUUCAUUGUCCCAACCAGAUUUUUGAAGGCCAGAUAUUUUAUCAUAAACACAUUUUUGGGACCAUAAUAUUAAGGUUAUGCAUUAUAUGAGGACAUACAGUAUAUGAGAUUGAAUGGGUCCAUUUCUGUUCAAUUUGAGAUCUAGAAGGUAUUAAGAAGCUUAGUAUGCUCUAAAAGUUAAGUUGAUUUCAUUUUUAGCAGACACACAUUUAAAAUCUACGGUCUUUCUUUCUCUAGAAUAUGGACCAAACAUGUUAAUUCAUGUUGUCCCUGUUGAAAAAACCAGCAUAUGCUGGUUAGGUAUGUUUUGAAGCAUGGCUGCUGGUUUGAGCUGGUUUAAGCUGGUCAUGUGCUGGUCCUAAUCUGGUCCUAAG